CUAUCGCAUUCGCGACAACCAUCACCUUCUCAUUCUCGUUCUCCUCGAUGUAGAUCGCGUUUUAUCGAUCGAGAUAGAUCAUUAUCGCUGCAGAAAUCACGGGGAAGAUCUCGAUCACAAGAUCAUC